CUCUCUCUCUCUCUCUCUCUCUCUCUCAUCAGGAAAGAAGAUCUUACAACAACAGGAAACAUUAGGUUCUGGAAUUUAUGGCUUCAAACCUGAAUCUGGUUCGAGCAAAGGCUGCUGAAGCCUCAAAGGUUGUAGCCAAGAACGGAUCUUCCUACUACAAGCAGCUAUUGGAGCAGAACAAGCAAUCCAUUCAGGAACCACCAACUGUAGAGAAAUGCCAGCUUUUGGCAAACCAGCUGUUUUACACUCGUCUUGCCAGUAUUCCUGGUCGUUAUGAAUCAUUCUUGAAGGAACUUGAUUAUGUCAAGCACUUAUGGAGGAACAGGCGGGAGCUGAAGACUGAGGAUGUUGGCAUUGCUGCCCUUUUUGGACUAGAAUGUUAUGCCUGGUAUUGUGUUGGAGAGAUUGUAGGACGAGGGUUUAAAAUUACUGGCUACCACGUCUAAGCGCUGCACCAUGCUUUUUUCAUAACUGAUAGAAGUCUACAUGAGACUUUUUUCCUAGUUUUUCAGUCAAUGAUCACUUGAUUCCUACUGAACGUAUUUCGGUGAGAAACUCGUUACAAAUGAGUCUGGAGCAAGUUUAUUUGCUUCAAUAAACUUUAAUUUUGUUUUCCUUCACCCCUUAUCUUUCCUUUUUCCCCGAAGCCCGUAUAUGUGCACCAUAUAAUUGUUGUGUUACUAUCGUUAUUAAGCCAUCAUUAUGUUUUAGAUUGCGCUCUAAGUGUCACACAUUGAAGUCACAGAAACAGCCAAG